GCGCGGAACCGCGUGUAGGCAUCAUGACCAGCCCGGAGCUGGCGGCUCAGCAGCAGCAAAAUCUGCAUGGCAGGAACAGCACCGCGACAACGGCAGGGUCGAGACGGGGGCUGCAUGGAUCCGGCGGGGCGGGCAGUGGGAGCCCUCCCCCGACAGCGGCGACGAAUUGGUCGCUUGGGUCCCCAGCCGUUGGCGCCCACGAAGUGCGGGUGUCGGCAGAGGACAGGGAAGCGGGCAGGAGGCAGAGAUGGGGCUGGGGCGGCAGGGCGAGGAGGAGAUACAGCACGUCGACCAACGAGCUCGGCCCUGGGGCGUCCGGGAUGGACGACGACCAGCUGCCAUCUCCGGCAAUAUUACCGGGGUGGGGAGCGGGCUGGGGCAGGAUGGACAGAGGUGGGCAGCCGGCCUCUACGGACAAUAUAUCGGGCAAGUCUUCCCUCCUCGAGAGCCUCACCGGGUUCUCCUUCCCCCAGGACGUGGGGCUGUGCACCCGGUAUAUCACCAAGAUCACCUGCCGCAGGGAGGGCGUCCCUAAGACCACUGUGUCCAUACGGGCUAGGCCCGAGGCCUCUGCCGCCCAGGUGGCCAAGCUUUCCGAGUUCAAGCGAGACUUGAGUGGUGUAAGUCCCGAGAGCACCGAGUUCCGAGAUGUGUUCAGGGAGGCGGCUACGGCCAUGGGGAUCCGCUCCGGUGAUGAGCCGGACACGAGUCUGCCGUCCUUCAGUCAAGACAUCCUCAGGAUCGAGAUUUGUGGCCCCAAUGAGGAUAGUUUUACCAUCGUCGAUCUUCCAGGACUUGGCCCGCUCCCCCCAUCACUGCAGGCAUAUUCGAGACCGAAACGCCUGCCUGGGGUGACCGAGAAGAGCGAUAUCGAGCUCGUCAAAUCCAUGGUCCGCCGGCACAUCUCGGAGACGCGGACCAUCAUCCUCGCCGUCGUGGCGUGCACGUCCGACGUGGCGACACAGGGCAUCCUGUCGUUUGCUCAAGAGGCGGACCCGGAAGGCAAGCGGACGCUCGGCGUGCUCACCAAGCCCGACCUGCUGCGGGAGAAGGCCACCAAGGGGGAGAUCGUGCGGCUGGUGCGCGGCGGGCGCAACGACCUCGAGCUCGGCUACUACGUGGUCGUGAACCGCGGCGCCGACGACAGGACGUCGACCGCCGCCGAGCGCGACGCAAAGGAGCGCGCCGAGCUCUCCCGCCCGCCGUGGUGCGAGCUGGACCCGUCCCGGCUCGGCAUCGCCGCGCUCCGCGGCCGCCUGUCGCACCUGCUGCUCGACCGCACCAGGGCCGAGCUCCCCGCAAUCCGCCGCGAUAUCAUCGAGCGGCUGAGGGAGAAGAGGGCCGAUCUGGCCCGCCUGGGCGCCUCGAGGGACGAUGCGCUCUGCGCCCUGAACGCGUCGUACACGUCGCACAAUGUGUUUGAGCAGCGUGACGACCUCAAGAUCGUGACCCGCAUCCGGAACAUGAGCAAGGAGUUCGCGGCGACUAUGCGAUCGCAAGGCCAUACCUACUCCUUCCAGCAAAUCCCCGGGCACGAGUAUGAUGGUGGCCAUGGCCCUCUAUAUGAAGAGGGUAUGUUAGGGUUCGGUUUGGCUUCCGUGAAUGUCUCGGCACUGGAGGACUACCCGGAGCUGGACGAUAUCAUUACUGAAGUUCCUUCGGCGGAGCCCACGUUCCCGGAAGCGGAAGAUAUAACCGCAGUCAUCCGCCAUGUCCAUACCUCCACGCGUGGACUCGAGCUCGGCACCUUCAACCCAUCAGCCACCUCCAUGGCGUUCAAGGAGCAGUCCCGGAACUGGGGGCACAUCGCCAUUACCUACGUCAACGAUGCCAUCAUUCUCGUCCAUGACUUCAUUUUCAAGCUUCUGAACCUCGUCUGCCCCGACACUCACGUUCUAGGACAAAUCUGGAACAUCCUGUCCGAGGAGUUACUGGACAAGUACCAGGCCGCUCUGGGCCGCACACGCUUUCUGCUGUUCACCACACGACAAGGAAGCACCCUGAGCCUGACUCCAGAGUAUGAGCGGUACUUAUCGCAAGUUCAUGCUGCCCGUCAUGCUUGGAAUGCUGUGGCGAUGAUACCAAAAGCCGAAGGAAUCAUGGAAAAAGAAUUCAAGCCCCCUCUGUACCACUCGGGCCGCUAUUACGUGCCAAAGGACGCGGCAGAGCAGAUGAUCUACAACCAGGUCCUGCCGCUCUUCACUGCGCAUCAAGAGCAGAUGGGGACGGCGGAUGACAUGUGCGAUUCGAUCCACGACAGCCUCUACGGGUACUACCGCGUCACCCGAUCCCGCUUCGUCGACAACGUCUACCAGGAAGUUGUCGACCACCUGCUGCUCAACGGCGACGACAGCCCGCUGCGAGUCUUCGGACCAGACCGUGUCCUACGCUUUACCGAGCAUGAGCUUCGGAGCAUCGCUGGCGAGGAUCCCCAGACGGCACGCCGGCGGGAGGUUCUCCAGCGCGAGAUUGCGAACCUGGAGGCGGGCAGGAAGGCCUUGGCGCGCGUGUGAGAACACUGUCACGCCCACCACAAAAAGAAAACGGCAGUUCCUUCGAGGAAUAGGAACAGGAAUAGGGAUAAGAACGGGAACAAAGAAAAGAAUAGAAGGGACUGGUGUCGAUCAGCAUGCAACGGCAGAAAAGAUUAAAAUG